AUGCAGCCAUGGACCGGCAGAGGCAGCCGUUCGCUCCUUUGCGCCUUUCGCUCGCUCUCUAGACCUACCGAGCGACAUUUCACGACAAGUUCUUCCCUACAAAGAACGACCAAAUCCGUCUUAAAAGCGAAGCUCAAGCAACAAGCUGAGGCUUUAGCCAACAGGAAUGGCAAGAAUGGCAAAGCAAACUCGAACACUUCUCGACAGGAUAUUACCCGUGAACGCGAUUUCCAGACCGUGGUGGAAACUGCAUUGCGCGACAUUGACAAAAAGCUUCGUACAACAGGUCAAUCGUUGGAAGGAUGGGUACGGUUCGAGCGCCGGGUGCUGAAUGCUUGCCGUCUGGACGAUAGGGUAGCAGCAUCAGGGAAAUGGACUCCGUUACUGGAGCUCAAGGGCGUUCUGCGAAAGACAUAUCUCUCCAAAGGAAUCCAAGGAAUACGGGACGAAGUGGAAUACAUGCUGUUUGCUGAAGAUGUUACGGCCAAGUACUCGACUUCCAAUGUCGAAGCGCAACGGAAAGUGGUUGACCUUCGCUUCCCCGCGGAAUGGUAUCCCAAUGCACGAUCAAUCCAACGCACAAUCCAUUUACAUGUUGGCCCCACAAACUCGGGCAAAACAUACCACGCGCUGCAGCGGUUGAAGCAAGCCAAGGCUGGCUUUUACGCUGGGCCAUUAAGACUGCUUGCACAGGAGGUAUAUCAUCGCUUCAAAGGCGAGGGUAUACCGUGCAGUCUAGUCACAGGAGACGAAGUUCAAACACCCGAGGAUGGCAAGUCACCUCGGGUAGUGAGCAAUACGGUGGAGAUGGUUAGCUUGGGACAAGCCUUCGACGUUGGAGUAAUUGAUGAAAUUCAAAUGAUUGCAGAUUCCAAUCGAGGAUGGGCCUGGACUCGAGCUGUGCUUGGGUGUCAGGCUUCAGAACUUCAUCUUUGCGGUGAGACACGUACGGUUCCGUUAAUCCGUGAAUUGUGUGCUCUCACUGGAGACAUUCUGGAGAUUCAUAAUUAUGAGAGGCUCAACGCUCUGGAAGUGAUGCCUAAAAGUCUCGGCGGUAAUUUGAAGAAACUCGAAAAGGGAGAUUGUCUGGUUGUUUUUUCUCGAGUUGGAAUCCACGCCUUGAAGGCAGACAUUGAAAAAAUUACUGGACGACGAGCUGCCAUGGUCUAUGGCGGUCUCCCGGCUGGAAUUCGAACCCAGCAGGCGGCACUUUUCAAUGAUCCAGACAACGACUAUGACUUUUUAGUGGCAAGUGAUGCGAUUGGUAUGGGGUUGAAUUUGAGCUGCAAACGUGUCAUUUUUGAGACUCUGAUUAAAAGAACACCUGCGGGAUAUGUCCGAUUAACGGUACCUGAAAUCAAACAGAUUGGCGGACGUGCUGGUCGAUACCGCCCCGCCGGUGCCACCGAUGGUAGUCAAGAUGGAGCCAACAUUGGUCUGGUUACAUGUCUUGAAGACGUCGAUCUCCCCUACAUCAAAGAAGCCAUGCAAACCGAGCCCCCGCCUCUAAGGGCCGCUGGAAUUUUCCCGCCAGGAUUUUCUAUUGAGAAAUUCGCGUCUUACUUCCCCAGAAGCGUUCCCUUCGAGUACCUCAUCAAGCGAAUGAUCGAACUUGCCCAGAUGAGCCGCCUUUUCUUCAUGUGCGACUCGAAAAGCCAAGUGGGUGCCUGCCAGCUCAUUGAUUCCGUGAAUGGAUUGGGGAUUGUGGACCAGCUAUUCCUCAUGGCCGCGCCUUUGGAGACCAGAAACCCGUAUAUGCGUGAUAUUAACUUGGCAUUUGUCGAAUGCAUCGCCAGCCAUACUCAAGGCAAGUUACUGGAUAUCCCUCAUCUCAACCUGGAAAUCCUAGAAAGACCUGUGUCUGGAAAUAAGGAGUACAUGUAUGAGUUGGAGGCGCUUCACAAGGCUAUUAUCCUUUAUUCGUGGCUGAGCUUCCGGUUCGGAGGUGUGUUUACGGAUCGCACUCUUGCAGCACAUAUUAAGACACUCACGGAAGAGAGACUGAUCCGAGCAUUGACUGAGUUCUCGGCUAACAAGCACCUGCGCAAGGACGCAUCCCUGAGACGACAGAUCGCACUUCAGAAGCAGAUCUUGAGUCAGCAGAGUGUCAUUGGCGACGACCUUGUCUCCCCAGAUCAGCAAAUGGAGGACACGCCCGAUGAAAUACCUGACGAGAUGACCGAAGACAUCUCUGAUCCAGUCGAAAGCCAGGAAAUUUUAGAGGACUCUGAAGAUUUUGUGGAAGAACCGCAGACGCCUCGUGUAUAA